CCUCAUUGCUCUAAACCCAUCGCGAUCUGGCCGCUGCCGGCGCCGCCCGUCCCCGCAACGCCACCGCUCACUCCACGCCCGCGGCGCUCUCCCCUCGCCACCGCCGCGCCGUCCAACGCGACGAUGCGGCACCUCCUCCUCUCCCGCCACCUCCUCCGCCGCGGUGGCAGCAGCAGCCCCACCGCCCACCACCUCCCCCUCCUCCGCGCGCUCUCCUCGGCCCCCUCCCCCAUCUCCUCCGACGCCGACCUCCGCAAGUACGCCGGCUACGCGCUCCUCCUCCUCGGCUGCGGCGCCGCCACCUACUACUCCUUCCCCUUCCCCGCCUACGCGCUCCACAAGAAGGCCGUCCCCUUCAAGUACGCGCCGCUCCCCGAGGACCUCCACGCCGUCUCCAACUGGAGCGCCACCCACGAGGUGCACACCCGCGUCCUCCUCCAGCCGGACUCCCUCCCGGCCCUCGAGGACGCGCUCGCCACCGCCCACAGGGAGCGCCGCAAGCUCAGGCCGCUCGGGUCCGGGCUCUCCCCCAAUGGGCUCGCUCUCUCCAGGGCCGGAAUGGUUAGUCUCGCGCUCAUGGACAAGGUGCUCGACGUCGACGCGAAGAAGAAGACAGUCACGGUGCAGGCGGGGAUCCGAGUUGCGGAGCUAGUUGACGCGCUCCGGGAACACGGCCUCACGCUGCAGAAUUUUGCGUCCAUUAGGGAGCAGCAGGUCGGAGGCUUCAUUCAGGUUGGUGCCCAUGGCACUGGUGCAAGAUUGCCUCCUGUUGACGAGCAAGUCAUUAGCAUGAAACUGGUUACCCCUGCCAAAGGAACGAUAGAGCUAUCCAAGGAGAAGGAUCCUGAGUUGUUUUAUCUUGCUCGCUGUGGACUUGGUGGCCUAGGCGUCGUUGUUGAAGUUACUCUUCAAUGUGUAGAAAGACACCAGCUUGUGGAACAUACAUUCGUUUCCAAUGCAGAUGAAGUUAAGAAAAACCACAAGAAGUGGCUCUCAGAAAACAAACAUAUUAAGUACUUGUGGAUUCCUUAUACUGACACAGUUGUUGUUGUCCAAUGCAAUCCUCCCUCAAAGUGGAGAACCCCAAAGUUGACAUCAAAAUAUGGAAAGGAUGAAGCAUUACAGCAUGUUCGCAGCCUUUAUCGUGAGUCACUGAAAAAAUAUAGAACUGAAACAGAAAGUAAUGACCCAGAAAUAGAUACACUUUCAUUUACUGAAUUGAGGGAUAGGCUGCUUUCCCUUGAUCCACUGGAUAAAGAUCAUGUGAUGAAAGUAAAUAAAGCAGAAGCUGAGUAUUGGAGGAAGUCUGAAGGGUAUCGCAUGGGCUGGAGUGAUGAAAUACUGGGCUUUGAUUGUGGUGGGCAGCAGUGGGUUUCUGAAAACUGCUUCCCCACUGGAACCGUAGCAAAGCCAAGUAUGAAGGAUCUGGAUUAUAUAGAGAAGUUGCUGCAGUUGAUUGAAAAGGAGGAUAUACCCGCACCUGCACCAAUUGAGCAGCGUUGGACUGCCCACAGCAAGAGUCCAAUGAGCCCAGCAUCAAGCUCUGAGGAAGAUGAUGUGUUUUCAUGGGUUGGUAUUAUAAUGUACUUGCCAACAUCCGAUGCUCGCCAAAGGAAGGAAAUUACGGAAGAGUUCUUCAAUUACAGGAGCCUGGCGCAAAGUCUCUGGGAUGGCUAUUCUGCAUACGAACACUGGGCCAAAAUUGAGAUUCCAAAGGACAAGGACGAGCUAGCCGAGCUCCAGGCCAGGUUGAGGAAGCGUUUCCCUGUCGAUGCAUAUAACAAGGCACGCAUGGAGCUUGACCCCAACAAGGUCCUCUCAAACACAAAGUUAGAGAAGCUGUUCCCAGUUCUGGAGUCUGUUCACCAGGCAAAGUAACGCUCGUGCUGGAGAGUGAAGACACAGUAACCUGUCAUUCUGUCGUUGAUACUUACUCAGCACUGUUGGUGGAAUGGUGGUUUACAGACUCGUAGAGUUCUGACUUCUGAGAUUUUGUUGGUGCCGUCACAUCUCACAUUUGUAAUUCUAUUCAUAUCUAUCAUCAUGGUAGCAUGAUCUAAUCGAACAUGAGUUAUACUAAACAUUUGGCAGACAAAAUAAAGUGACAGAAAAUUACCGUAA